AUGGGCGCCGAUGACGGGCCAAUCAGUGCGGAUCAAGUCGAUAUUCGACUUCAACCACUCAACAAGUCUGGAGCAGCUGAUUCAGCAGACCCAAAUGGAGUUGAAGAGGACGCCGGAGACCAAAUCCAACUUCGUGUCUACCGCCAACGUUGGAUUGUGCUUUUGACAGUUGCACUGUUGAACAACACCAACACAAUGUCAUGGAUUGGAUAUGCACCAUCUGGAAACUACGUCAACAGCUUUUAUGGAGAGAGCAGUGCUGCAUGGCUCUCCAUGAUCUACAUGCUCUGCACAAUCCCAGUCGGACUCUUCGCUAUGUGGGCCGGACGUGAGUGGGGUCUCCGCACCGCCAUUCUCAUCGCUGGAUGGACCAAUGGAAUCGGAGCUGUCAUUCGUGUCAUUUCCUCUCUUGACUUUGUCCCACCUGAGUGGCGUUUCCCAAUCUGCAUGACAGGACAGGGUAUUGCUGCUGUCGCCUACCCGUUCAUUAUGUUCCUCCCAACAAAGGUCGCUGGGUCUUGGUUCCCCGACACACAACGCGCUAUUGCCACUACCAUUGGAGUGAUGUCUAACCCAUUGGGAGUGCUCAUGGCCAACCUCAUCAGUCCAGCUAUCGUCAAGUCUCCGGACCACGUUAUUUGGCUCAACAUCUUCACUUGUGUGCCAUCACUUAUUGCUAUGCUCAUUGCCACGUUUGGAGUCAACCGAAGUGAACCAAAGAUCCCACCAACCUUCAGUGCCAGUAAGCCUCAAAUGGACUUUGUGUCAGGAAUGAAGUCUUGCUUCUCUUCGAAACAAUACAUUAUCUUGCUCAUCGUGAUGGGAGGAGGUAUCGGAAUGUUCAACUGCCUCUACACCGUCAUGCUUGAACUUCUGUGUCCAUCGGGGUACACCAACUUCUUCUCCGGUGUCUGCGCUGCCCUUAUGAUUGUUGGAGGAGUCUUCGGAGCUGCCGCCAGUGGAAUCUUUGUCGACCGCACCAAGCUGUACGAGGAGACGCUAAAGAUUUCUCUUGGAGCUGCUGUCAUCUUUGGACUCAUCUUCCUCCAACUCACUCUUCAUCAAGGUCUCUCAGUUUUCCUGGCCAUCACAUGUCUCUUCUUCGGAGUCCUUGGAUUGGCUACCUACCCAAUUGGACUCGAGUUGGCAUCAGAAUGCACAUUCCCUGUGUCUGAGGCAACAUCAACUGGACUCAUCGUACUUUCUGGUCAAAUCCAAAGUGUGAUCUACGUUUUCAUCAUGAAGAACUUUGCUCGUCCACUUCAACCAGAUCGCAUGCACAUCCAAAAAUGUCAACUUACUCCAGAUGACCUUGUCAACACACCAAAGGAUAACACAAUGUCCAUCAUGAUCUUCUCCCUGUUGGCUACCCUUCUGGUCCUUUCUCUGGUACUCCUCUUCAAGCCAGUCUACAAACGUCUUGAAGCGGAACGUGGAAACCGUGCUACAGCUGACAAAGCCAAGGAGCUCUCCAAUCAAAACAAGGAUAGGAUCACUCUCCCGACGGAAAGUGCGGUUCAACCACUUCAGGAGAAGUAA